AUACAAUUAUUGUAACUAAUAAUAUUGAUAAUGUGCCUAAUGUGGAUUUAAAUGAAAAACAUUACUCUGUUGAUUUGAAUGAAAGAAAUAACAUUAUUGAAACUAAUGAUAUUGAUAAUGUUGAUGUUAAUGAAAAACAUUGUUCUGUUGAUGAUUUUGUUGAUUUGAAUGAAAGAAAUAACAUUAUUGAAACUAGUGAAAUUGAUACUGUUAAUUUUAAUGAAAAGUGUUGCUCUGUUGAUUCUGUUGAUUUGAAAGACAAUCAUGUUGACAAUAUUACCAGAAAUUUGAUAUCACCCAGUAAUGAUCCGGCAUACUGGUGUGUUGAUGAUACAACAAGAAAUUACAUAUCAGUCAAUGGAAUAUCUCAAAAUAUUGAAACUAUUAACUUCACCAAGUCAAAAAGAACAAGUAAAAAUGUUAUCCGUGGAGUUCUUAAAGUACAUUCACGAUAUUGCUCAUCAAAAUUAUUUUAUAUGGUCCUUCUUAAUGGUGAAAAAGUUAAGAGAAAUUACUUAGUGUACUCUGAAAGUACUGGGUCAUUAUUCUGUGCUCCAUGUAAAUUAUUUGGUUCGACAUCUAUGUUUUCAACUGUAGGAUUUAGUGAUUGGAAGCAUGCAGAGAAAAGAAUUACUUCACAUGAAAAUUCUCAAACUCACAAAACUAAUGUCUUAACUAUGAAAGAUAGAGGAAAAGUAGUUCAAAGAAUUGAUAGUGCUUUAAUAUCACAAAUAGAAAAGGAAAAAAACUACUGGAAAAAUGUAUUAAGGAGAGUUGUUGCUGUAGUCAAGACACUGUCAUCUAGAGGAUUAGCAUUUAGAGGCAAAACUGAUAAAUUUGGUUGUAAUCAAAAUGGUAAUUUUUUAAUGUCCUUGGAGCUAAUUGCCUUAUUUGACCCUUUUCUAGCUUCACAUAUAGAAAAAUUUGGCAACAAAGGAAAAGGCUUUACAUCCUAUUUAUCAUUUAAUAUUUUUGAACAGUUCAUAACUGUAAUGGCUGAUCAGGUUCUUGCAGUUAUAGUUGAAGAAAUUCAAAAAGCAAAAUACUUCUCAAUAAUAGUGGAUUCAACGCCAGACGUAUCGCAUGUUGAUCAGCUAUCAUUCGUGGUGCGGUAUGUUAAAAAUAACGGAACACCUAUUGAACGGUUUAUGUGCUUUUUGCCUAAUAGUGGACAUAAAUCUGAAGAACUUACUGAUGAAGUUAUGACUACAUUAUCUCUUUAUGAUCUGGAUCCAGCAUUUUUACGUGCACAAUCUUAUGAUAAUGCAAGUAAUAUGGCUGGUGCAUAUAGUGGCUUACAAGCCAGAAUUAAAGAAAUAAAUCCAUUAGCCAAUUUUGUCCCCUGUGCUGCUCAUUCCUUGAAUUUAGUUGGGACAUGUGCAGCCAGUGCCUGUCGUGAAGCUUGCGAAUUUUUUGAUAUUAUUCAAAAUAUAUACAACUUUUUUUCAGCUUCCACGCAUAGAUGGUCUGAAUUAAAAGGAACCGUAAAAUGUCUUUCAGCAACCCGUUGGUCAGCCCGUGAUGAUGCUUGUCAUUCCUUAUCCAAAAAUUGGAAUAAUAUAGUACAUGCUCUACAGAAAAUUUCAAAUAAUAGAAAUGAAAAGCCUUCAACAAAAUGUGAAGCUGUUGGCUUACUUAAGAAACUCAACCGCCUUGAAACAGUAUUUAUGACAAUUUUUUGGACAAACAUUUUAGACCGUGUAAAUAAAACUAGUAAUAAGCUACAGUCUGUUGACAUAGAUUUAAUUACAGUUGUUGAACUAUAUCAAUCCUUAAUUCAUUAUGUUGAAUCUUUAAGAAAUGAAGAUUCCUUCAAGAUAUUAGAAGAUAUUGCCAUAACAAAAUCUGGAAUAAAGGAUUACAAUGACCAUAAUAAACGGAAAAGAAAAAGGAAAAUACACAUUGAUGAAAACAACGAUAAUGAAAUAUUAUUUUCAGAAAGAGACUAUUUGAUCAUAAACACUUAUUAUGUUAUACUUGACAAGCUGUCAUAUGAAUUGAAAAAAGGAAACUAG